AUGAGUCCCGAAUACGACUACUUGUUUAAGCUGCUGCUGAUUGGUGAUUCCGGUGUUGGAAAAUCAUGCCUGCUGUUAAGAUUUGCCGACGAUACAUACACGGAAAGUUACAUCAGCACAAUUGGUGUAGAUUUUAAAAUUCGAACCAUAGAUCUGGAUGGCAAAACAAUCAAAUUGCAAAUUUGGGAUACUGCCGGUCAGGAACGCUUCCGCACGAUAACGUCGUCCUACUAUCGCGGUGCACAUGGCAUCAUCGUGGUGUAUGACUGUACCGAUCACGAUUCGUUCGAGAACGUAAAGCAAUGGUUGGAGGAAAUCGAACGCUACGCUUGCGACAACGUAAACAAACUGCUAGUGGGUAACAAGUGUGAUCUGCAGACGAAGAAACGUGUCGAUACUACAACCGCAAUGGAAUUGGCAAAUCAGCUGGGCAUUCCGUUCCUUGAGACUUCAGCAAAAAAUGCCACCAACGUAGAGCAGGCAUUCAUGACCAUGGCGGCCGAAAUAAAGAAUCGUGUCGGGCCCCCGUCCAGUGCCGCAGAUCCGCCAAGUGCUGUAAAGAUCGACAAGGGGCGCAACGUGGAGGCAAAGUCGGGCUGUUGCUGAACACCAGAAUUGUUUCGGGUCAGCAGUUAUUAUUAUGAUUAUCAUCCUCUCAAACCGAUCGACCACCACGCUCCUUUCCC